UACAUCUACCCGGCAGAAAAUGUUUCCGGCGAAGUUUUCCAGAAACUUGAGCAGGAAAUAGGAUCAGUGCCAAGCACAGGUUAUGUUCGCGUUGCAGGUGGCACUGGAGUACAAAAGUUUCGGGAUAUUUUGGCAACUUCGUCAUCAACCGCUUCCACUGGCACUGCCACGUCAUCAAAUGAAGUAGAUGAAAAUACAUCAGGCACUAGAAGUGCACCAGCAUCCUCGUCUUCCUGUGCUUUUCAUUCAGAAAAUUCAAGGAGUUCAUUCAUCGGCUCGUCUCUCGGCUGUCCACGGAGCGGUUUUUGGCUCCCUCCUCAAUUCCGGUUUUACGAUGCGAUUUUCCAGCUAAAUUUCCCAAAAGACUUUUUCGUUCAUUGUGGUUUCUCCAUAUUAGAUCGCUUACCGGCAGCAAUGAAGCUCCCGCUCCUCAGGUCGCUGCUGAUGUACGACGGCGUGCCCCUUGUUUCUCUGAGACAGUACUUUGAGACUCAGAUUCGUGUGGCGACCGAUCAAAGCUUUCACUCGUCCGAAAACUGUUCUUGGGGGACUCUAGCACGCGCAAAAGCUCAUAAGGGAACUUCUACUGAUGGAGCAGCUGCUUCAUCGACCACCACCCAAUCCCAAGCGACUACAAGCUCCACGCAGACAAAUGCAGUGUCUGGCCGCCAAGAAAUAUCAAUGCAUACGUCUUGUAGUUCUUCGUCCACCUCCUCCUCCUUUUCCUACCCCAUCUCAAAAGGAUCAUCCGCUUCUUCUUCCUCCUGCGCACCCGGAGUCCACGCGAAUGUGUUGCCUUUCGUGACGAGAACAGAGUAUAUUUCAGGCGAUGAGUUGGGUCUCGACCGUGGAAGAUUCUGGGAGGAGACGUUGCACAAGCUGAAUGAUGCCGUAGACCCUUUCUUCGUGAUCAUUUCCUAUAGCCGACAAGCUGUCGGGCAAAAGCAUUUCUCAGGUGGACACGUCGCACCCUUAGGCGGGUACGAUCCAGGGACGGAUCGAGUCCUCGUUCUGGAAGUGAACUCUUGGCGGUACCCGUCGUGCUGGAUUCCCGCUGAAUUGCUUUAUCAGGGCAUUCAGACGCAGACGAGCGUCGGGAUUCCGCGAGGGAUGCUCAAAGUCUUUUACGACCCGAAGAGAGGUCGAGGAGCAGCAGCUGGGAAAAUGGAUUGACAGUUACAGUGAAGUAAGAAUGGGCAGUAUGUUGACGAGGGACGGGCAGUUUGAUCAAUUCAUACAAUUUUUUCAAAAGUUCAGGAUGAGCUUGCUGCUAUUCCUUCACCGCUGCUUUGUGAAACUAUGAUAAGCAAAAACGCUUGUGCUUGAUCGAUUCGCAAUCUGUCUUGGACAUCGUAAUCGUAAGUAACGAAAUUUUCCUACGCCUGGGAAUUUGCAAAUUGAGAUUUUUGAUCGUUGCUG